AUGAAAGAAUCUGAUCAGACACAUCCAACACUUAGGGUUGCUGAUUCAGAUGAAAAUGCCCUUAUGGAGCUUUUAAACUUUAUGUACAGUGGAAAACUCACCACAACUGAGCCCUCUCUUCUGCUUGACAUCUUGAUGGCUGCGGACAAAUUUGAAGUCGUUUCUUGCAUGAGGCAUUGCUGUCAGUUGCUCACAAGUUUGCCUUGGACCACAGAAUCUGCACUGCUGUGCCUAGAUCAUCCAUGCGCCAUGUCAAUGGCAGCUGAAGUUCAACUUUUGAUAAGCGCAGCCAAGGAUUUCCUUGUCAAUAAAUACAAGGAUUACAAUAAGCUUGGUUUCUCUUAUUUCAGGCUCCGGAAGGAAGUGACAAGCAUUUCUCUUGCUGGGAUCAAAGCCAUACUUUCAAGUACUGACAUACAUGUGGCAUGUGAAGAUUACUUAUUCGUGCUCAUGCUCAAGUGGGCCCGUGUUCAAUACCCUGAUUUGGAGGAAAGGCGCGAGAUCUUGAAUUCUCAUUUACUUCCACUCCUGCGCUUCAGCCAUAUGACCUAUAAGACACUUCAGGAGAUCUUAGCAUGCACUGCUAACGACAUAGACCAUGAGCAAGUAACUAAGUGUAUCAAUGGGGUGCUUCUGUGCAAAGCUUAUCCAGCACACAAACCAGGUGCUCUUGCGGCAUGUGCCCCCUCCUGUCAGCAAUUUGCAGAGCGAGAUUACAAGUACAGACAUCUGAAAGUGGUUGCGUUUGAUCAACCCCGCCCGCAGGUUAUAGCCUACAUGGAUUUGAAGCAUGAGGAAUGCUCCCAACUCUUCCCGUCAGAAAAGAUAUUCUCGCACCCGUUCCAUGUCGCAGGUCAGGGCUUCAUUCUUGGGGCAAGAUGUUGCAAGGCCGAUCAGGGGGAGUCUUACAGUUUUGGCCUCUUGUUACAUAUCGAUUUGGAGCUGAAGGGCUCAACGUGUGUGACGGUAGAUUAUGAGUUUGCCGCAAGGACAAGGCCAUCGCGGCAGUUUGUAAGCAAGUUAAAUGGUAGGCACACAUUUAGUGACAAGUUUCCAGUCGGAUCGAGGUACCUCUUUUGGGUUCCAUGGCAGACCUUCAUGGCUGACGAUAGCAUCUUCAUCGACGGCGUGCUGCACCUGAGAGUUGAUCUGACGGUGGUGGAGCAGACGGAACUGCAAUCGUGA